GUGGGAUGUGCAGUGGGCUCGUCAGCUUUUAUCUUUAAGAGGAAACCCCGAUACAAUGGUUAUUAUCAUCCCCUGACUGACGUAACGGAAGGCUACACUACCGGAAGCUGGAGACCCGUCGCUUGGUCUAUUCGGUACCCACAGACACCCGUUACGAAACGUUGUGACGGUGCUUAAGCCUAGAAUAACGAACGGUGAUUAUUUGUUUUUGUCGACGUUGAUGUCUCUUCUUCUUUAUCCGUAGGAGUUGUUAUUUUUUAUUAUAUUGAAUCGAGAGCUUAUCGGGAAGACAAAAUGGCUGAGAUGGGUAUGGGGAAGGGGGUUACUGCGGGGAAACUCGCUAGUAACGUGCAGAAGAAAUUAACACGGGCCCAAGAGAAGGUUAUGCAGAAACUGGGGAAAGCAGACGAGACCAGAGAUGUUGCAUUUGAGGAGGGAGUUAUCAACUUCAACAAACAAUACACAGAGGGCUCCAAACUGCAGAAAGACCUGAGGGUCUACCUGGCGGCAGUACAAACGAUGCACGAAUCCUCCAAGAACCUCAAGGAGUGUCUGUCUGACAUGUACGAGCCGGACUGGUACGGCAAAGAUGAUGUGGACUCCAUCGUCGAGGACACUGACGUUCUGUGGACAGACUUCCAUCAGAAGCUUGUGGAUAAUGCUUUGAUAUCCAUGGACACAUACCUGGGGCAGUUUCCUGAUAUUAAGUCUCGUAUUGCAAAGCGUGACAGGAAGCUUGUGGACUACGACAGCGCCAGACACAACCACCUUUCGACCAAUAAGGGGAAGAAAGGAAAGGAUGGGGGCAUCAAGAUCACCAAGCCAGUGUCUCUGUUGGAGAGGGCCACUCCAGUUUGGGCUCAGGGCAUCCUGUCAGCCCACAACAUUGCUCAGAGUAACCUCUCUAGGAACCAGGCGGAGGAUGAGUUGGAGAGAGCUCAGAAGGUGUUUGAGGAGAUUAAUGAAGAUCUUCAGGAGGAACUGCCCUCACUAUGGAACAGUCGUGUUGGCUUCUACGUUAGCACCUUCCAGAGUAUGGCUGGCUUCGAGGAGAAGUUCCACAAGGAGAUGGGGAAGCUGGACCAGAAUCUGUACGAUGUUCUUGUCAAACUGGAGAGGCAGGACAUGUGUGGUGAGCUCCCCAGAGGAGUAAGUCCAGCCAAUCACACUCUGAGUCCAGGCGUACCGCCUCCCAUCCCUAAGUCCCCCUCCAAGCUGAGACCAGCGAUGCCGCCGCGGCCUGAAUCCAGCCCCUGUCGGGACAUGAAACCAGAAAACAUCAUUAACCUGUUUGAUGCUGCAGCUGCUCCUAACAUCAGUGUUACAUCCCCAACACAGUUUGACAGCCCUGCAGGGGACAACCUUUUGGACAUGAACCUGUCCACCCUGGCUACACCAAGUCAUGGUGGCACAGCUGUGUCCUCAGCCUCUAAGGCGAUAUCGUGGGACACAUGGGAGCCUGAGGAAACUCCUGCUCCACCAGAGGAGCCCCAGGACUGGGAUGAUGACGGUACCCUGCCUGUGCGUGCUGCUGGCUGUGGGGAUGACGGUAUAGCUGCCACCACGGCAGGCUGGGAUGACGAUGGCUCUCUGCCUGUGAGGGUGGAUGACUCCUGGGGGGAUGAUGGUGUUGCUGAUGCCACUGCUACCGCUGCCGUGGCCGAGUCUGAGGCUGCUGGCUGGGAUGAUGAUGAGGAGGGGGUGCCCCAGGCUGACACGCCCACAGCAGCUGCUGCAGCACCUACACCUACAGCCACAGCAGUAGAGGAGAUUCCUGCUGUCGCAACAGUAGCAACCAGUGGGGCUUCAGAGGCGGUAGAGAUGCCGCCAGGAUUCCUCUUUAAAGUGACCACCAUGCAUGACUAUGCCGCUAAUGACUCGGAUGAGCUGGAGAUGAAGGCUGGAGACAUAGUGCUGGUUGUGGCCUUCGACAACCCAGAAGAACAGGAUGAGGGCUGGCUGAUAGGGAUGAAGGAGGGAGACUGGAUCCAGAAUAAAGAGAGUGCCGUCAAAGGGGUGUUCCCUGAGAACUUUACCUCCAGGCUGUGAGAGAGGAGACACUUCCUCUCCUACUUUGACCACUCUCUCUUCCACAAGAUACUCUCUUCUCUGACCUCUCUCUUCCCUCUCUCUUCCCUCUCUCUCUCUUCCCUCUCUCUUCCCUCUCUCUCCCUCUCUCUUCCCUCUGUCUCUCUGCCCGUGCCAUCCUCCCUCCUCCUUUCCUAACCUCUGGGUUUGUACAGGAGUGAUACUGUAGUCAUUGGCACAUCGCACUGUAGGGUCAGAUUACAUCAUCACACUAUAGGGUCAGAUUACAUCAUAUCACACUGUAGGGUCAGAUUACAUCACAUCACACUGUAGGGUCAGAUUACAUCAUAUCACACUGUAGGGUCAGAUUACAUCAUAUCACACUGUAGGGUCAGAUUACAUCAUAUCACACUGUAGGGUCAGAUUACAUCAUAUCACACUGUAGGGUCAGAUUACAUCACACUAUAGGGUCAGAUUACAUCACAUCACACUGUAGGGUCAGAUUACAUCAUAUCACACUGUAGGGUCAGAUUACAUCACACUAUAGGGUCAGAUUACAUCACACUAUAGGGUCAGAUUACAUCACAUCACACUGUAGGGUCAGAUUACAUCACAUCACACUGUAGGGUCAGAUUACAUCAUAUCACACUGUAGGGUCAGAUUACAUCAUCACACUGUAGGGUCAGAUUACAUCACACUAUAGGGUCAGAUUACAUCAUCACACUGUAGGGUCAGAUUACAUCAUCACACUGUAGGGUCAGAUUACAUCACACUAUAGGGUCAGAUUACAUUAUCACACUAUAGGGUCAGAUUACAUCACACUGUAGGGUCAGAUUACAUCAUCACACUGUAGGGUCAGAUUACAUUAUCACACUAUAGGGUCAGAUUACAUCACACUAUAGGGUCAGAUUACAUCAUCACACUGUAGGGUCAGAUUACAUCACACUGUAGGGUCAGAUUACAUCAUCACACUGUAGGGUCAGAUUACAUCACACUGUAGGGUCAGAUUACAUCAUAUCACACUGUAGGGUCAGAUUACAUCACACUGUAGGGUCAGAUUACAUCACACUGUAGGGUCAGAUUACAUCACACUGUAGGGUCAGAUUACAUCACACUAUAGGGUCAGAUUACAUCACACUAUAGGGUCAGAUUACAUCAUCACACUGUAGGGUCAGAUUACAUCACACUGUAGGGUCAGAUUACAUCACACUAUAGGGUCAGAUUACAUCAUCACACUGUAGGGUCAGAUUACAUCACACUAUAGGGUCAGAUUACAUCACACUGUAGGGUCAGAUUACAUCACACUGUAGGGUCAGAUUACAUCACACUAUAGGGUCAGAUUACAUCACACUAUAGGGUCAGAUUACAUCACACUGUAGGGUCAGAUUACAUCACACUAUAGGGUCAGAUUACAUCACACUGUAGGGUCAGAUUACAUCACACUAUAGGGUCAGAUUACAUCAUCACACUGUAGGGUCAGAUUACAUCACACUGUAGGGUCAGAUUACGGCAUAUCACACUGUAGGGUCAGAUUACAUCAUAUCACACUGUAGGGUCAGAUUACAUCACAUCACACUGUAGGGUCAGAUUACAUCAUCACACUGUAGGGUCAGAUUACAUCAUCACACUGUAGGGUCAAAUUUCAUCAUCACACUGUAGGGUCAAAUUUCAUCAUCACACUGUAGGGUCAGAUUACAUCACAUCACACUGUAGGGUCAGAUUACAUCAUAUCACACUGUAGGGUCAGAUUACAUCAUAUCACACUGUAGGGUCAAAUUUCAUCAUCACACUGUAGGGUCAGAUUACAUCACAUCACACUGUAGGGUCAGAUUACAUCAUAUCACACUGUAGGGUCAGAUUACAUCAUCACACUGUAGGGUCAGAUUACAUCAUAUCACACUGUAGGGUCAGAUUACAUCAUAUCACACUGUAGGGUCAAAUUUCAUCAUCACACUGUAUGGUCAGAUUACAUCACACUAUAGGGUCAGAUUACACCACACUGUAAAGUCAGAUUACAUUAUCACACUAUAGGGUCAGAUUACAUCACACUAUAGGGUCAGAUUACAUCACACUAUAGGGUCAGAUUACAUCACACUGUAGGGUCAGAUUACAUCAUCGCACUGUAGGGUCAGAUUACAUCACACUGUAGGGUCAGAUUACAGCAUAUCACACUGUAGGGUCAGAUUACAUCAUAUCACACUGUAGGGUCAGAUUACAUCACAUCACACUGUAGGGUCAGAUUACAUCAUAUCACACUGUAGCGUCAGAUUACAUCAUCACACUGUAGGGUCAGAUUACAUCACAUCACACUGUAGGGUCAGAUUACAUCAUAUCACACUGUAGGGUCAGAUUACAUCACAUCACACUGUAGGGUCAGAUUACAUCAUAUCACACUGUAGGGUCAGAUUACAUCAUAUCACACUGUAGGGUCAGAUUACAUCAUAUCACACUGUAGGGUCAGAUUACAUCAUAUCACACUGUAGGGUCAGAUAUCAGGUGAGUUGCACUAAAUCACCAUAGACGUGAUGUGCUGUAUACAUACUACAAUUAUUAUCAUAUUAUAUUUGUCAAGGGCUUCUUAAACAAAAGGUGUAGACUAACAGUGAAAUGCUUAUUUACAGCCCCCUCUUUUGCAGAGAGAAAUAAUAUAGAAAUUAUAACACGAGGAAUAAAUAUAUGCACAAUGAGUGAAGAUAAUUUGGCUGUAUACACGGGGUUCCAGUACAGAGGAGAUGUGCAGGGCUAUGAGGUAAUUGAGGUAGAUAUGUACGUAUAGGUAGGGAUAACUAGGUAACUAGGCAACAGGAUAGAUAAUAAACUGGAACAGUAGUCUUAUCUGAAGAGUCAAAAGAGUGCAGAAAGGGUCAAUGCAGAGAGUAUAAACCUUUAAACUAGUCAACACAUGCAUUUUCCUUAAAUGCUAUGUUUAAAGAGCCCCUAGACCAUGAUACCAUGAUACCAGCACUAAGAGCUCCUAGACCAUGAUACCAUGAUACCAGCACUAAGAGCUCCUAGACCAUGAUACCAUGAUACCAGCACUAAGAGCUCCUAGACCAUGAUACCAUGAUACCAGCACUAAGAGCUCCUAGACCAUGAUACCAGCACUAAGAGCUCCUAGAUCAUGAUACCAUGAUACCAGCACUAAGAGCUCCUAGACCAUGCUACCACAAUACCAGCACUAACAGCUCCUAGACCAUGCUACCAUGCUUCCAGCCCUGUGAGCCCCUAUACCAUGCUACCAUGAUACCAGCACUAAGAGCUCAUAGACCAUGCUACCAUAUUACCAUCACUAAUAGCCCCUAGACCAUGCUACCAUAUUACCAGCACUAAGAGCCCCUAGACCAUGCUACCAUGCUUCCAGCCCUGUGAGCCCCUAGACCAUGCUACCAUAUUACCAGCACUAAGAGCCCCUAGACCAUGCUACCAUGAUACCAGCCCUAAGAGCCCCUAGACCAUGCUAUCAUGUUACCAGCCCUGAGAGCCCCUAAACCAUGCUACCAUGUUACCAGCCCUGUGAGCCCCUAGACCAUGCUAUCAUGUUACCAGCACUGUGAGCCCCUAGACCAUGCUACCAUGAUACCAGCCCUAAGAGCCCCUAGACCAUGCUACCAGGCCUAAGAGCUCCUAGACCAUGCUACCAUGCUGCCAGCCCUAAGAGCUCCUAGACCAUGCUACCAUGUUACCAUACUACCAGCACUAAGAGCUCCUAGACCAUGCUACCAUGUUACCAUACUACCAGCACUAAGAGCCCCUAGACCAUGAUACCAUGAUAGCAGCCCUAAGAGUUCCUAGACCAUGCUACCAUGAUACCAGCACUAAGAGCCCGUAGACCAUGCUACCAUGUUACCAGCCCUGUGAGCCCCUAGACCAUGCUACCAUGUUACCAGCCCUAAAAGCUCCUAGACCCUGCUACCAUGAUACCAGCCCUAUGAGCCCAUAGCCAUGUUACCAUGUUACCAGCCCUGUGAGCCCCUAUACUAUGCUACCAUGUUACCAGCGCUAAGAGCCCCUAUACCAUGCUACCAUGCUACCAGCCCUAAAAGCUCCUAGACUCUGCUACCAUGAUACCCGCCCUAAGAGCCCGUAGACCAUGCUACCAGCCCGUGAGCCCCUAUACCAUGCUACCAUGCUACCAGCCCUAAGAUCUCCUAGACCAUGCUACCAUGUUACCAGCCCUAAGAGCCCCUAGACCAUGCUACCAUGUUACCAGCCCUAAGAGCUCAUAGACCAUGCUACCAUGUUACCAGCACUGAGAGCUCAUAGACCAUGCUACCAUGUUACCAGCCCUAAGAGCCCCUAGACCAUGCUACCAUGCUACCAGCCCUAAGAGCCCCUAUACUAUGCUACCAUGUUACCAGCGCUAAGAGCCCCUAUACCAUGCUACCAUGCUACCAGCCCUAAAAGCUCCUAGACCCUGCUAUCAUGAUACCCGCCCUAAGAGCCCGUAGACCAUGCUACCAGCCCGUGAGCCCCUAUACCAUGCUACCAGCCCUAAGAGCUCCUAGACCAUGCUACCAUGAUACCCGCCCUAAGAGCCCCUAGACCUUGCUACCCUGAUACCAGCACUAAAAGCCCCUAGAUCAUGCUACCAUGUAACCAUGUCACCAGCACUAAGAGCCCCUAGACCAUGCUACCAUUUUACCAUGUUACCAGCACUAAGAGCUCUUAGACCAUGCUACCAUGCUACCAUGAUACCAGCCUUAAGAGCUCUUAGACCAUACUACCAUGUUACCAGCCCUGUGAGCCCCUAGACCAUGCUACCAUGCUACCAGCCCUAAGAGCUCCUAGACCAUGCUACCAUGAUACCAGCACUAAGAGCCCCUUGAACAUGCUACCAUGCUACCAUAAUAACAGCACCAAGGGCCCCUAGACCAUGAUACCAGCACUAAGAGCCCCUAGACCAUGCUACCAUGUUACCAUGCUACCAGCACUAAGAGCUCCUAGACCUUGCUACCAUGUUACCAUGAUACCAGCCCUAAGAGCCCCUAGACCAUGCUACCAUGAUAGAGGCCCUAUGAGCCCCUAGACCAUGCUACCAGCCCUAAGAGCCCCUAGACCAUGCUACCAUGUUACCAUGCUACCAGCCCUAUGAGCCCCUAGACCAUGCUGCCAUGUUACCAUGCUACCAGCCCUAUGAGCCCCUAGACCAUGAUACCAUGCUACCAUGUUACCAGCCCCAAUAGCCCCUAGACCAUGCUACCAUGUUACCAGCCCUAAGAGCCCCUAGACCAUGCUACCAUGUUACCAGCCCUAAGAGCCCCUAGACCAUGCUACCAUGUUACCAGCCCUAAGAGCUCAUAGACCAUGCUACCAUGUUACCAGCACUAAGAGCUCAUAGACCAUGCUACCAUGUUACCAGCCCUAAGAGCCCCUAGACCAUGCUACCAUGCUACCAGCCCUAAGAGCUCCUAGACCAUGCUACCAUGUUACCAGCCCUAAGAUCCCCUAGACCAUGCUACCAUGUUACCAGCCCUAAGAGCUCAUAGACCAUGCUACCAUGUUACCAGCCCUAAGAGCUCAUAGACCAUGCUACCAUGUUACCAGCCCUAAGAGCUCAUAGACCAUGUUAUCAGCCCUAAGAGCUCAUAGACCAUGCUACCAUGUUACCAGCCCUAAGAGCUCAUAGACCAUGCUACCAUGUUACCAGCCCUAAGAGCUCAUAGACCAUGCUACCAUGUUACCAGCCCUAAGAGCUCAUAGACCAUGUUACCAUGUUAUCAGCCCUAAGAGCUCAUAGACCAUGCUACCAUGUUACCAGCCCUAAGAGCUCUUACACCUUUUUCAUGUGACUCGUUGGGGUUCUCCCAAACCCCCUCACCCAAUAAUUUGUGUUUGUGUCAAGGUUGCCAGGUGUUGUGAUGAUCCCGCAUGAAUAGACUAACUAACCCUCAACCCUGUACUGUACUCUAUGUAAUAGUCCCAUUGAACCAAACGUUACUAACUUAACUCUACAUUUCCUGCAUCCUACCUUGAGAUAUGUAAGGAAGCAGACGAUCUGUGUAAGGACACUAGAUACGGUUCCUGAAGGCGUGAUCAUAUAAAUCCAAGUGUCUGUACACUGAGGGACGUGCUGUUUAUUUAGAUUAAGUGUGUCUUAUGUUUCUCCUGUGUGUGAAAAACGUUAAGUAACUCUGAUCCUUCUGCCGUUGCCGUCGUUCUGUGUUUUUAAUUUUUUUUUUAAGUGUGCCUGUUGGCUUAUGGUUCAGAACACAACUUAUUUUUUUUAUUUUUUUUGUAUGGUGUUGAUUAAAGCAAUGAUCUUGGAAGAUAUUGAAAUAAAAAUAUAGCUAUUGUUGUAUCCCCCCAUGCCAUGUCCCGGUGCAGUGAGACCUCUGGCAUCUGGUUCUCCAUUGACGUGAUAUACCAGAGAGAUUUUCAUCUGACCUGCCAAAAUGAUGCUGUAACUUUGCGUGUGUGUGUGUGUGUGUUGAUUGGAUGUGUGUGUGUUGAUUGGAUAAGACAGUUUUACAGGAGCCAUUCUGAUUGGUUAGGGACUCGGGAGAGACCGCUCCUAAUCAGUCCUAUUUAUUAUUAUUAUUGUGCAUUUGCCAUGUUUACUAUAUAUGUCUAAUUUACCAAACUGGGACAAUGAAGAGACAUUUAUUGUUACAUAAAUAUAUUCAUAUCUGUGUUACGUGUGUAAAAUUAGUCAAGGAGCUUGCCAAAAUAAUUCCAUGUGUGUAUUAUAGUAGAAAUCCUGUAUGUUGAACUCAUCAGGGUGAUAAAGACCUUGUUCUUCCUCAAGCUAUAGGGGAAUAAUACUGUUUUUUCUUGUUCCUAAGUGACCAAUGCUAAUAAACUGGAAUUUAGACGCUCAA